UAGAUCACCCAAUAAUUAGCCUGUGAUCCCUCAUCCCUGAACUUCCCAGAGAGGGAGAGCUCAGAGAAAAAGGGCGAGGCAUGGCAUCCAGCUCCAAACUGUCUGCUCUCUUCUUGACGGCAAUUCUGCUCUGCCUCAUCUGCACGAGGAGCCAAGCAGCAAGGCCUGAACCGGGAUCCAGUGGCCACAAAUCACAGGGUGUUGUUGCCUCCAGUAUUGCCCAUCAGAAGAGUGUUGGUAGUUCUGGAAUCGGUGUGGAAAUGCAUCAGGGAGAACCUGAUCAGGCAGUGGAGUGCAAGGGAGGGGAAGCAGAGGAAGAGUGCCUGAUGAGGAGGACACUAGUUGCUCACACCGACUACAUCUACACCCAAGGGAAUCACAACUAGUGUAGCACAGUAGCUGUGCAAAUAUAUGCACCAGUGCUCUUUGGCACAAGUUUCUGCCCAGGGUAGUUUGGAACACGGGAAUUUUCCACGAUUCUUGGAGGAAUGAACUAGCUCUGACGCACAGUUUCUACAAGAUCUUCUGUGAAUUCCUGCGUUCAAACAAGCAAAGAAGAAAGGCUUGAUGAGGCAAACGGAUAUCGAUCUUCUGCAGUUCAUUUCUGUGGAUUGUACCAACCCCCCCCCCCCCCCCUUUUUUUUUUUGCGGGGAGUGGAUUGUACCAACUUUGUAGUGGACUAUCUGUACAUUUCUCGCUCCUUGUUCUUCAGCCCGUAUAUCCAUUCUCGACUUCCGGCCAUCACCUUCAGAUAGUACAUGGAACUUUGGGAUGUAAGCACUGUAGAUACUGAACUUAUGUAUCCAUCUUGCCUCAGCUAUAAUAAAAUUACAGUUUCUAAUAUCUA